AUGUCUGAUAGCUCAAAUACAACGAAACAAGAACUCCUAAAGCGACUUAUAGGGGACGAAGAAGAGGAUGAUGUAAUAAUGUUGUUCUUACUCUCAUCAAAUAGUAAUAAAAUAGAUGCAUUAUAUACAUCAAGAUAUGAGGAAGGCAGCUAUCAAAUCCUAAUUAAUAAACACUUAAAAGCAAAAGAAAAGAAAUUCAGGAAGUACUGUAGACUAAAUAAAAAACUGCCGGCAGCGCUGCCACACUGGCUCCGGAGCGGCUCGGCAGCGCUGCCGGCGUCGUGCGCCCACCACGCCCCCGGCCGCGCCGCACCGUCGCGUGCUUCGGAAAGUGUUCCAUACAAAUCCCUACAAAGCGGCGCGGAAGCGACAGGGUCGCGACCGCCGAGACGCCGCUGCCGGGCCGCGGCCGCCGGAAUCCGAAUGCUACCUUAA